AAUGUCAACAACAAAUAAAUAAAUACAAUACCGAGGAAAACAGAACAACAAUUAACUCAAAUAACAAAAAAUAUCCUGCACCAGGAUGAGUUUCAAUAAAAACAAAAAAUGUCGAACUUGUUUAAAAACGAAUGUGAAUCUUAAACAUCUUAACACCAAACCGAAAGUUUUAAAAGUUGAUAAAACAUAUGUGGAGCUACUGAAAUUCGUAGCCAAUAUUGAGGUCGAUCCAGGAGAUGCAAAAGGCAACAAGUCUAGUCCUCCACAGGGUAUAUGUUGUACCUGUUGCAAGAAAAUAAGAGAUUCGUAUACAUUUAUUAAACAAGUCCGCAAAUGUAAUAAACAGUUCUUGAAGGCAUCUGGCGAGAAUGAACAAAUCGACCACUAUACAUUUUUAUCAAUAGAAGAUGGCACAAGUCAGAGUGGAGAGAAGCCCUACAUAAAAGAGGAAAAUGAUAAGCUUGAAGAGCCUAGCGAUAAAGCAUUGGUAGAACCGCCCAAAGUAGAGGAACAGGCAGUGCAGGAUGGCAACAGUUCAGACUCAAAUGAUAAUUUUAAUAAUCAAUUUCCCGUGGGCGAUUUAAGUGACAGUGACAAUGACACCCAACAAUCAGAAUAUAAAGAAACAACUGCCUAUCUCGAUGUCUCGAUUAAAUCGGAAUUAGAAAAUACCAAGGUCAAGGAAGAAUUCCUUGCCGAGAGUCCUUUGAGGGAACCCGCCUUUGUGGAAGAAAAUUUAAAUUCUGAUAGUGAUCCAAGUAAAAAGCCUGAUGAGUCCUCUUAUGAUCCCUUAGACAACAAUGAGGUGAAUGAGGAGGAAGAAAGGCAGACUCCCGAGCCUAUUGACGACAAACUAUUGCCCGUGCGAUGUGACGAGUGUGAACGAGUUUUCCCCAAUUCAAUUCUAUUGAAUCGUCACAAAAAGGACACCCAUAUACCGGAUGAACUGAAAAUACAAUGUCCCAAUUGUCCAGUGAAGUUUAGUCGCCGCUAUAACAUGUAUGCCCAUAUGAGAACAUUCCACAAAGCGGAGACUGUCAGAGAGCAUCAACUGCAACCUAGGAAACUAGCCAAAACCGAUGUUUGUGAUCAAUGCAAUCGAGCUUACAGCGAUAAAUACAAACUUAUGGCCCACAUCAAAAAUAAGCAUGGGCCAGAUAGUAAGCCCAAAAAAGAAAAACAACCACCGAAACGUUAUCUGUGUACUCUAUGUGGCUUGACCUGUAGCAGUCAAUCCAAUCUGGAUAUACACUAUCGACGGCAUACGGGAGAAAAGCCCUUUAAAUGUGAUUUUUGCGGUAGAGCCUAUGCACGGCUAUAUGAUGUUCAAGUUCACCGCCGCAUCCACACGGGGGAGACACCUUUUAAAUGCACGAUAUGCGAAAAAGCCUUUAAAAGAUCAAAUAAAUUGAAAAUACACAUGCGUACCCAUACAAACGAACGCCCCUACAAAUGCACUCAAUGCGAAAAGGCAUUCAAACAAUCCAAGGAUUUGAAUAUACACAAGCGAACGCAUACCGGCGAGAGACCAUAUAAAUGUAAUGUUUGCAAUAGUACUUUUACUCAGAGUAAUUCAUUGAGACUCCAUCAAACAAAAACAAAACAUCAUGAAGUAAUUCAAACACAGGAACCGGAAUUUACAGAUAUAACAAAUAUGGCUUAAGUAGGGCGGCAGUUGCCUUUGGAAUGGACGUCAUUUGCUUUUUAAUGGCUUGAUUUAAGUUUCUUAAUAUGUGGCUACUUUAAAAAGUGCAAAGAAAUAUUUACAUAUUUCUAUUUUGAGAAAUUUGCAAUUAUUUGGGAUUCGAAAGCACAUUAUUGUUAGUUGAUCUAAUUUGGAAUAAUUCGUAUAGAAAGUAUGAAUAAAACAUAUUGUAAUUAUCCUU